AUGAGCGACGACACAGAUAUGGAAGUUGAGCGUAUAGUGGAUGGCGAGGAGGGCGGAAAUGACGGGGAUAAAGGUCAAAACAAAAUCAAAGACCCAGAACCCGCGGGAAGUGAAGCUGAGCGAGAUGAAGCUGAGGGCGUACGCGACACGAACGGAGCAAAUGGUGCAAAUGUUGCAAAUGCAGGAGUAGAAGCCAGUACAAGCGCAAUCGCAAAUCCAUCAGAAAACACACCACAACCACAACCACAACCACAACCACAAAAACUAGGCAAACGAGCGAAACAGACGCGUCAACUAGUCCAAAUGGCCCUCAAUCACAUAGUAGAAGGAUGGUCAUAUGACAAUUUCGCCGAGUCGUUCCCCGCUAUUGCAAAAGAUGCACCGGAGUCGCUGAGCAGUAUGCGCGAGCAGACCAAAGACCAUUUCGAAGCGAGUGUGACAAGCUCUAUAGCUGCAUUACACGAGCGCCGACGCGUCGUCGAAUCGCUUAACAGUCUUGACGAUAUGCUCGAGGAGAUACAGCGUGCUAAACGGAGCAAAGGGACCAACUUCAAAAAGAAAGGGGAAAUGCUCGCCAAUGACCCUUUCCUCGCUUACAGAGUGAGGAGGAAAGCUGUACUGAUGCAGGAACAUAGAGAAAUGGAUGAGCGCGUCGAGGAUGCGCGUAGAGAGAUGGAUCAACUGGUGGGGAACAUCAAGGAAAUGGAAGCAGAGGAGGAAGCAGGUGAGAGUGAGAAGAGAGAGCUGGAAAGGUUGUUGGGUGUGGUCGAUAGCAGCACACAGAAUAUCCCUAUAGAUGAAAUGCGGGUUGUUCAAGCAGAAACAGAGCUUAUGUUGUAA